AUGGCCACAAAACUAAUUUUCAUCGCGGUAAUUUGCGUCGCGAUCGGAUCCCAACUGACGCAAGCACGUCGUAAAAGAGAGGCUCCACUCUCAGCCAACAGCGACGCCAUUACUGCAACAAGGAACUUGCAAUGGUUCCCUGGGAAUGGCCGAGACUAUAAGGACCCUCGCAAUCUCUACAACACUCCCAACAUAAUGGAAAACGGCGUGAACCCCGACGGUAUAUCGAUACAGGAUCUAUUGGAGCUUGGGAGACGGCAGGAGCUCGCCAGGCGCCAAAAUAGACCGCUUCCGGAUGAGUAUGUGAAACAACAGCUCCCAUACAGCCUGCCCCGGAACCAGCACGUCCACCAUCACAUCCACUAUUCACUGAUGGACGUCCUCAAGAUAAUGGAGAUGCUCGGCCAAGGAGGGCAACCCAACAAUCCGGGCAUCUACAACUUUGCCGACGCGGAAGGCAAGACGACGACGACCGAGGGCAGCAACCCUGCUGAUGAAGUGGUCUUCGGUGAGGAGAAUUGCCCGACGGGAUACACAAGAAUUUCGGAUAAGUGUGUCAAAGACAAA